AUGUCUGGAAAUCUAUGGUCAAUCCCUCUCCAAACCACAAACUUCAACAUAGUCGUCGCCUUUCUCGGCGGCUUCAUAUCAAUCUUCGGCCUCGUAUCCUACCUCCUCAAAGAAAACUACUAUCUCUCCGAAGCCCUUAUCUCUCUCUUGGCAGGCGUUGCAUUUGGUCCUCAUGGCGCAGACUUUAUCCGUCCAAAGGACUACGCUGACCGUCUUGUUCUCGGCGUGCAGCUUGUCCUUGCGGGCGUGCAGUUGCCGAGUAAAUAUCUUGUGAGAGAAUGGAAGUCGCUUAGUUUGUUGCUUGGGCCUGGUAUGACUUGUAUGUGGCUUGCUACGAGUCUGCUUGUAUGGGCGCUCGCGGGACAGCCGCCGUUCCUACAUGCCCUUGCUAUUGGGGCUUGUGUUACACCCACUGAUCCGGUUUUGAGUGCUGUUAUUGUGAAGGGCAAGUUUGCAGACCAUAAUAUCCCGCAGGAUCUUCAGUACCUCAUCACUGCUGAGUCUGGUGCCAAUGAUGGACUGGGCUAUCCGUUCCUCUUCCUGGCACUCUAUCUCAUCAAGUUCACAGGCGCUGGAGCUACAUCUGGAGGAGCGGCUGACGCUAUGGGGCUGUGGUUUGGUAUGACCUGGGGUUAUACCAUUAUUCUCAGUGUAAUCUACGGCGCUGUGGUGGGAUGGGUUGGCAAAGAGCUGCUUCACUUUGCUGAGAAGCACAAUUACGUUGACCGCGAAAGCUUCCUCGUCUUUGCCAUCGCCCUAGCACUCUUCGUUUUAGGAACAUGCGGCAUGGUCGGUACAGACGAUGUCCUAGCCUGCUUCAUCGCUGGUAACACAUUCACAUGGGAUGACUGGUUCCGCCUCGAGACAAAAGACGACUCUCUCCAACCUACCAUUGACAUGCUCCUCAAUGUCACGAUAUUUCUCUGGUAUGGAGCCUACAUCCCAUGGAAGGACUUCCGCGACAACUCUGUUAUUCCUCUUUGGCACCUUGUCAUCCUGGGAAUUUGUGUUCUUAUCCUGAGGCGACUCCCGUGGGUGUUCGGGAUGCACAAGUGGAUUCAUCAGAUUGAGGAGGUCAAGCAGGCUGUUUUUGUUGGCUUUUUUGGACCAAUUGGUGUUUCAGCAGUGUUCUAUCUGUUCAUCAGCCUGGAGUUCAUUGAGGAGCAUCUUAGUGAUAAUGGUAAGCCGAGGAGUGAUGUCAAGAAUCUUGGAGACCAGACACGCAUCAUUGUGUGGUUCCUCGCAGUUUGUAGUAUCGUCGUUCAUGGCCUGAGUAUCCCAGUCGGAAAAUUGGGCUUCCACGCACCCAGGACAUUGAGUCGCGUUGUCAGCGAAAGUCUGAGCGAUGCUCCAGCAGGUGGACGACGACGAAAUAUCCCCUUCAUCGGGAGGUAUUUCUUCGGACAAGAUAAGAAAGAUGCCCGUCCGGCUACUGGUCCAAUUAUCAUCACAGGCGCUCAAAGAAUGCGCUCAGAGCUGCCAGUCCAUGCUGGCGAUGAGACACCUCCAAUUAGACGAGAGAUACAGUUCGCUGAUGAGGUGAGAUAA